CGCAAGGCAAGCACGACGACGACGACGGCACACGCACGGGGCAGAUGUUUUGAUAAAACUCACGCUCGCGAAGUCGGGUCGUCCUUUCUGUGCUCCAUCCAUCCAUCCAGUCAACCGGGAGUGUGUUCCGAGAUUUAUCCACCACGGCGUGAUUUCGCGACGACGCGUCCAUCCGGUGGCUACUGCGUUUGCGCGCACAGAAGGUAGGAGGGAAACGCCAACCUGUGUGUUGAAUUUUCCCCCACCGGUUCAGUGCGAUUUGGCCCGUUUUUCAGCUCACACAGCUCCUCCGCAGUGUGUGCGUGCGUGUCUGGUAUCCAUCCGCGUGUGUGUCCCGCGAACUCGUGGCGAUCCCGUUUUCCGUAUCGAGCAGCACGCGAAGCGCACGGAAUUUAUCACGAUUUAGUGCCGUUAGUUCGGCAAAGAAAAUAAGAAAUGGUGUUUUUUGCUACCACCCCCAGCGACGUGUGAGAGAGAGAGAAUGAGAGGUUGGCCACAGUAGGCCAUGUAGCAACGAGAAAAGAAAAAAGAAAAAAAAACGGUGCUUCUUCUGCCCACCUCCAGUGGAAAGUGUGUGUGUGUGUGUGUGUGUGUGUGUGUGUGUGUGUGUGUGUGUGUGUGAGGGGCCUUUUUUGUUGCUUCUUUUGUCUCCCCACCCCGGCGUGUGGUGUCCCGCAUGAAGUGCAAAAAGGAAGGUGGAGAAAGUGUGUGUCACGUUUGCUCACUUCACUAUUAAUCCAUCUAAGCCUUACCCACUCCCUUUCCCCCAACCCUCCUCCCAUUAGUGCGAAUCGCUCGAUUGAAAUACCAAAGUGUACAACACGUGUGUGUGUGUGCCAAUACCCUUCCUUUCCGCGCGGUGCGGGGGCCCUUGACUUCCAAGCAUUGUGUGUGUGUGGGAGCGGCCAGUGAAAAGUAAAAAAAAAAAAACGUGUGUGUGUUGUGCCCGUGUUGAUCUUAGCAACGUGUUUCCCCCAGCUGUGUGUGUGUGUGUUAGUGUGGUGAUCAAAAGGCAGCAGGCUGCGAAUUUUUGUUGCUGUUGUUGUUACACCCUUCGUACCACACAAUGGUCAACAUUAACCGAGGACCGGCGACGGGGAAUGAUGCCGGCAACGAGGACAGGCAGGCGGGCGGGGCGGCAAGCACCCCGCAGUACCCGCAGUAUCUGCACGAGCUGCCCCAGGCGGACGAGGAGCGGCUGGAGCGCAUCUUCAAAAAGCUCGACCGCGACGGCAAUGAUCGUAUCGACAUCCACGACCUGUCGGCGGCGCUGAAAGAGUUUGGCCUGUCGCACCAGUACGCGGAGGAAUACGGACACCCGUUGUUCUUUCAGCGCUUCCUGAAGCAGUCGGACCAGAACCAGAGCGGCGAUGUCGGGCUGGCCGAGUUUAUACACUACGUGCGCGAGCACGAAAAAAAUCUACGCUUACAGUUUACACACCUGGACAAGAACCAGGACGGGAAGGUCGACCUCGAGGAGCUGAUAACGGCGUUCAAGGAGCUCGGCAUCGAGAUGGACCAGCACGAGGCGGCAAAGCUACUUAAACGCAUGGAUAAGGACGGCAGCCUAAACAUUAGCUACGACGAGUGGAGAGACUUUCUGCUGCUCGCACCAUCGUCGGACAUUCACGAGCUCGUUAAAUACUGGCGGCAUUCGACUUACUUGGAUAUCGGUGAGGAUCUAAACGUACCUGAUGACUUCACACAGAGCGAAAUGCAAACCGGUAUGUGGUGGCGCCACCUGGCGGCCGGUGGAAUUGCCGGUGCAGUGUCGCGGACGUGCACGGCCCCGCUGGAUCGGCUGAAAGUGUUCCUGCAGGUUCAAGCAUCUAAACAGAGAAUCUCAGAUUGCCUGCAGUACAUGCUGAAGGAGGGCGGCGUGCGGAGCCUGUGGCGCGGCAACUUUAUCAACGUGCUAAAGAUCGCCCCGGAGAGUGCGAUCAAGUUUGCCGCGUACGAGCAGGUGAAGCGGCUGAUCCGCGGCAACGACAAGCGCCAGAUGACGAUCUACGAGCGGUUCGUGGCGGGCGCGUGUGCGGGCGGCGUCAGCCAGACGGCAAUCUACCCGAUGGAAGUAUUAAAGACGCGGCUCGCCCUGCGAAAGACCGGCGAGUACAGCAGCAUACUGGACGCGGCGUCCAAGAUCUAUCGGCGCGAGGGCCUGCGCUCCUUCUACCGCGGCUACAUUCCAAACAUGCUCGGCAUCAUCCCGUACGCCGGCAUCGAUCUGGCGGUGUACGAAACGCUGAAGAAGAAGUACCUUAGCCACCACGAGACGGAGCAGCCGAGCUUCUGGCUGCUGCUGGCGUGCGGCAGCGCCUCGAGCACGCUCGGCCAGGUGUGCUCGUACCCGUUGGCGUUGGUGCGGACGCGACUACAAGCGCAAGCGGUCACAAUCGGUCCCAAUCCGGACGGUAGCGUAGCGGUCGAGCCGAACAUGACGAACGUGUUCAAGCGAAUAAUACAGACGGAGGGCCCGGUCGGUCUGUACCGGGGCAUUACGCCGAACUUCAUCAAAGUAUUACCGGCCGUCUCGAUCAGCUACGUCGUGUACGAGUAUACGAGCCGUGCCCUCGGCGUCAACAUGACGUGAUCUGUUUCCCGCGUCGAUCGUACACACCAGCAGCAGCAGCAGCAGCGCCGGGAGGUCGCACACUCUUCGCUUCGUGGUUUCCGCGCCUCCCCGCUCCAUCUUACCACGGGGGAAACGUCAUCCUUCUUCGCACCCAACUCCUUUUGCCACCUACCAUUCAACCUGCCUGUCUGCCUUGUGGCUGCCCGCGAAAGUAGACAUGAUUUUAAUGCGAUCUCUUCUACUGUAUCUACUUGCAGUAGUAGUAGUAGUAGUAGUAGUUGGGAUGAUCGGUUGAUGCAGAUGUCUGUUUCGGUUCGGCAUUUGCCCGUCUAGUGGAUUGGAGGAACGCAAUACAACCAAAACACCAAACAUUUCCCACAACAUGUUGUUGAACAAGGAGCAAUAGAGCCUUUUUCUGAUUACUACUGAUACCCCACUGCAAAGCUCUCCAUACAAUCGUCCCUUUUUCCUGCGCUUUCUUCACCUUUUUUGUGCUGCGCCGUUGGAGUGCGGGAUGAGUAGAAGGAUGAGAUUGUGCAGUAGUUGGAAGAGAAGUGAAACAAGGGACGAUGGGAGUAAAUGUUAACCGAUGAAGCAGCAGCAGUAGCAGUGGCAGCAGUGUCUGUGCCUGUGGCAGUUGGAUUUGCAGUACGCAGCAUUGGCGAACGAAGCGACAGCGAGUCCCGAACAACACCUAGAUACACGAACGAAUGAAUGGCGGAUGGUGGAUUAAAUUAUUUCUCUUAUUUUUAAUAGUAGCCAAUUUUCAAAUUAUUUCACCCCCCAAUUCCAAUUUUUCAAUUUAUUUAACCUGCAAAAACGAAACCAACGAACUCGCAGCGCACUUGUGCGAGCACGUGCCGCACGCGCACGCGCAUGCCCUUCCGGACGCGAAUGGGGACGAGUAAUGAUAGAAAUUGUGGAAGCGGUGGAAGUGAUUGCAUGUUUUGCACGAUCAAGACAACAGCAACCCACACACACACACACACACACGAACCUGUUCGUUCCUUAUUGCCGUUUGGGAAGCGACUGACCGACAGCCAGCCCAGACCGACGGAAAGGGGGGAGGGCCCUUGCAACUCUCCAUUUGUAUCUAAAUAGUAGCGCUAGUUAGGACUUGUAAAGCAAUCAAAGAAAGUGGCUCUCUCUCUCUCUCUCGAGCUCUCACAAACAGACACACUUAUUGUAUCUUCGUACAAACAAACUUCCUGCUUUUCUAUCAUUACUCUCUAGUGGUUCGGAUUGUUGUGCGAAAAGAAAGGUGUGCGCGCGCGCAUCGCUUUUUGGAGGUUAUAGAGGUGAUAAAAGAUAUGAAAAUGGAAGAUUUCUGUUCAAACGGCAAGAAAAACACACUUUAAACUGAGUAUGGAAUAUUAUUGGUUCUACGGUCUGCGCCUAAAGGCGAGAGAGCAUCAACAGAAUUAACCAGACAGUGAACAGCAGGAGAAAAAAAAAAGAAAAUCACACACCCACAGAGAGAAGGGGGAGCAGCGGUACACGAGCGUACACAACUAGUAAAGACUUUUACAAUUUUAAAUUAUUUAUUAUUAAAAGGAAAACGCAGCAGAGAAGUACACAGUAUGAAGGUUAAACGAAACAGAAAAGAGAAAAAAAGGGAAGAGGAAGGAAAAAAACAACACAAAGUUGAGUGGAGAAGAUGAAAACAUAUUACAAUACAAACAAACAAAGUACUAAAUACGAAA